CUGUUGAGUGCUACCCACACUUCACUGACUCUGCACACACACAGGGAGGACACACACUCAUCACACACUUAAAAAACACACAGAGGCUCAUUUAGUUAAACCUGUGAAGAUGCUUUGUGUCAGCUCUCAUCUCAAACAGAUGGGGAAGAUGCCUUGUAGCUACAGCUCUGUGGUUGAUAAGAUCCUCAUGGUUGAUCAGAUCCUGUCAGAGUUCAGGCUGAAGAAGGAGGAGCUAAAAGAAGUCAUGAAGAGGAUGCAGCGCGAGAUUGACAGAGGACUGCGCUUAGAGACGCAUGAAGAGGCCAGUGUCAAAAUGCUUCCAACUUAUGUCUGCUCCACCCCUGAAGGAUCAGUGUGUGUUUUGACAGAGGUGGGGGAUUUUCUGGCUCUGGACCUUGGGGGGACAAACUUCCGUGUGAUGCUUGUGAAGGUGGGUGAAGAUGAGGAGAGGAGCUGGAAGGUGGAGACCAAGAACCAGAUGUACUCCAUUCCUGAAGAUGCCAUGACAGGCACUGCUGAAAUGCUAUUUGACUACGUAGCAGAGUGUAUGUCAGACUUUUUGGACAAACACCAUAUCAAGCACAAGAAGCUUCCUCUGGGUUUUACCUUCUCCUUUCCUGUUCGUCAUGAGGACAUCGACAAGGGUAUCCUGCUUAACUGGACCAAAGGCUUUAAGGCUUCUGGAGCAGAAGGGAACAAUGUUGUGGGUUUACUCAGGGAUGCUAUCAAGAGACGAGGGGACUUUGAGAUGGAUGUGGUUGCCAUGGUAAAUGACACAGUAGCCACCAUGAUUUCCUGCUAUUAUGAGGAUCGCAGCUGCGAAGUCGGGAUGAUUGUUGGCACUGGUUGUAAUGCGUGUUACAUGGAGGAGAUGAGGACUGUGGAGCUAGUAGAAGGGGAGGAGGGCCGCAUGUGUGUGAACACAGAGUGGGGGGCGUUCGGAAACAACGGUGAGCUGGAGGAGUUCAGACUGGAGUAUGACAAAGUGGUGGACGAGACCUCAAUUAACCCUGGAAAACAGCUAUAUGAGAAGCUGAUCAGCGGGAAGUAUAUGGGUGAGCUGGUCAGACUUGUUCUGAUAAAGCUGGUGAAUGAAGACCUUCUGUUUAACGGUGAAGCCUCAGAGCUGCUGAAGACACGCGGCAGCUUUGAAACGCGCUACGUCUCGCAGAUGGAGAGUGACACUGGGGACAGAAAACAAAUCUACAACAUCCUGUCCUCGCUGGGUGUUCUGCCGUCAGAGCUAGACUGUGACAUUGUGCGUCUGGUCUGUGAGAGUGUUUCCACUCGCUCUGCUCAUAUGUGCGCCGCAGGGCUUGCUGGUGUGAUCAACCUGAUGCGGGAGCGACGCAGUCAGGAAGCCCUGAAGAUCACAGUGGGGGUUGAUGGAUCUGUCUACAAGCUGCACCCAUGUUUCCGUGACAGGUUCCACAAAAUAGUCAGGGACCUCACGCCUCACUGUGAAAUCACCUUCAUCCAGUCGGAGGAGGGGAGCGGUCGUGGAGCCGCCCUUAUCUCAGCGGUGGCCUGUAAGAUGGCAGCAUGCAUGCAGACACAGUAGAGGGAGCUGUGUGCACUUAGCUGUCUCCCAGCAGAGGAGCGGUAAAGCAAGCCUGAACUCUAAUCUGAGAACAUUGACACAGUUGGCAGCUUUUGGCCUUUUUUAGGCUCUGAAGGAUGUGUGUCAGCAAACUGGAUGGCUAGAAGAUGUACAUACAAGGAAUUAACUUGUAAUACACUGUAUUUGGUAAACUGUAACAAGAAAAUUGUGAAAUUUACAGAAUCAUUUCUGGCUGCAAUUAGCAAGCAAGUUGCUGUAGUUCAUUCUAUAGUAUGCUUACUGUAAAUGUAAUCACAGUACGUACAAUACUGUAAUUGUUACUACAAUAAUAAUCUCAGUACUGCACCUCAAUCACAGUAGUAGGGUGCUGUAACACUGUAACAGGUGUUAAUGCAUUCAUUUUAGUACUGUAAAUAUGUAACAGUAAAAUAAUCGCAUACCGUAAAAUGAAGACAAUGUUUUCCACACACAAAAAAUAUAUAUUUAUUGCAUAACUUAAUUCAACAUUCAUUCAUCAUUUGAAUUUACAUUUAUUUUGUAUUUUGUAUUUUGUAAACAGGUUUCAUUUUAUAAAAAUACAAAUUUACUUUCCUCAAGAUACAACUCUUUCCUCUUUGUUCAAGUUACCCUGAUUGUAAACUUCAUGCCCUGGGAUUAUUUUGUUUAUCUUGAAUGCAUAUUUCAAGAGUUUAAAUGCAUUGUUUUAUUAUUUGAGGUGAUAUAGUUAAUAUGACUGUACUUGUAGAGACACAUAAAAAAGAAAAAUGGUAAUAAUAAAGGAGUUGUUAAUCA